UUGACACGCAAAAUGGAAAGGAUUACGUCUAGAUAAUGACAAUAUGUUCAUCCCUGAACUUUCUAUGGAUAUACAUUGUGACUGUGCAAGUUAAACUGGAGGUGGUGACAUUAUACCCAAAGAAUUCAUGAUUUAAACUUCAAGAAUUCUUCUUUUUUUUCAACUUCAUGAAUUUCCGAUUUCAACUUCACAAAUUCACGUUUUCAAACAUUUCGAGGAAUCUCGAAUUCAGUAUGUUGAAAUCGGAAAUUCGUAAAGCGUGAAUUUGUGAAGUUAAGUAAGUAAAAUUCAUGAAAUUAAAAUAGCGCUACCAUUCAUUCGCAGAAGGCAACACAUAAUGCUAAGAUAUGCACGGAUCGAGACAAAAGAAAAUUCAAAAUACAGACGGACACACUCUACAAGGAUUUAUCCAAGCUGGGGCAACUUCCUAUAAUGUCUCACCGGAAGGCAAAGGUCCACCGUCUGUGACAACUGGACGCUUUCAAAGAAAAACAUCUGAUGAAGGCAUUGCAAUCGGCUCAAACCCAGUCUCGCCUACAGACGGAGAUACUGGACUAAAAACAAAAACCAAAUCCGUGGUCUUCACUCCGCCGGACUUCGAUGUUUUAUUUACAAAUCCAGCAAAGCUUCAUUUUGCAAUUGCAGGACAAGAAAGCAUUGAUGAAGGCAUACAUUCCUUUGACAGUGGUACAAGUCACGUUCCCUUGUCUAGCCCAGCGGAUACGUAUAGCAUUUCAUCACCAACCCAGAGACCCCCGAUGCAGAGAAGGGAUAGUGUUAUGGACCUGACGUUUUCUGAAAUGUUGAUUAAACAUUGGAGGAAUUCUCAGGGACUUGUUGGAUUUAGGCAUAAAGUGGCGAACGAUAUCAACCACAAAUAUUGCUCAUACUGCCGGUGUGACGAAAUGAUAUUCGUUUUCCUGUAUGUACUUUUCGGUAUCACCUACAUGUGUGCAGGUUUUCUUGGUUUGACACAGUGCAGUAGUGAGUUGUACAUAAAUAUCUUCUUGAUAACAGAUGGCGCUCUCUCUGUAUUCGUAUUUCCAAUUACAAUAAUGGAGUGGACGAAACGAAUAGGUGGCUGUAUAAAAAAGACUGAUAUCCAAGGUUACGGUAUAACUUUCGCCGUAAUAGUUAUCAUGAGGCUAGCCGCCGCCGUUAUAGGAAGUGUCGUCAUGGCAAUGCGAAUCAACGUUUAUCCCCAAGAUGACCUCAUGUGCCUGACCUCAUUUGUUCUCCUCGAGGUUGGGGUAGUGUUAGAAUGGGCGUUCUUGCUGUUUGUUUUGCUUUUACCUCUGUUGCUAUAUACAGUUGCAUACUGCGUUGCACAUAUAUUAUAAAAUAUUUCUAUGUUUAUUAUA